AAAGGUUUUAAUCGGUCAGCAAGGGAUGCCUGGGAGUUAUUCCAAUCAACUGGAGUUGAAGCACUUAUCGCCUAUGAUUGUUCUGGUGCUGUACUACUGAUGUGCACUCUUUUGGGUGGACUUAUCACUGGAACUUGCUCAGGGGUUUGGGCGUAUACUAAAUCGAAAGACAGAGUGAUUAUGGUGGGGUCAACUGCAAUGUUGAUGGGAAUGGUCUUAGUGGGGCUGGCAAUGGUUGUGGUUGAAAGUGCAGUUACAUCCAUAUAUAUAUGUUACGCAGAAGACCCCUUGUUGAUUCACAGAUGGGAUGCUGAAUUCUUUAACCAGAUGUCUGAAACACUACACCAGCGUCUCCAAUAUAGGAGUGCAAGAGCCAGGGAAGUAUUGACCCACAAUAACCUCAAUGGCCAUGCCCAUACCCAAGAAACACUUUCUGUCUAAUUUCCUGCGAAAAUAAUUUCCAUUGUGCUUUAAUUAUUCAUCUAAUUUCCAAAUGUAUGAGUUCUUUUUUGUUUUGUGAGGGUGUUUUCUUUUGUUUUCCCUUUUUUUACAUAGAAGUGAAAAGUUAUAGGAAACAAUUUAUGGCCUAUUUCCGUAUUAUUACUUGAAGCUGCGUAUCCAAAACAACACAGGAUAACUGCCUAUGUAAAUGGUGUGUAGCGGUUUAAAAUUUUUGCCCUUGAUUAUUGUGGAUCUGGAUUUAUUGUUGGGCUCAUGGGCUGUAUGUAUUACACUUGUUUAAAUACCCAACUGUCUCAUUAUUGUA